AUGCCCGAAAAGCGCACGUUGGAUGCAUUUUUCGCGCCGACUUCAAAGAAGCCGCGUGAAUGCGACACUGAACCGACGUCCACCUCAAAGCAUAGCGCGUAUCCGUUUGACAUUGCCGACUUGCCCGCGUCUCUGGCCGAGGAGCUGCUACCGCCCAAUGCACCGACGGUGCCCGGUCAGCCGAUAGACGACAAGACGGAGCUGGAUCUCGUCUACUUUGACCCCUUUGUGCCUAAGCCCCAGGCCCGCCAGCUCUUUGAGUUUCUGCGCGCCGAGCUGCCGUUUUACAGGGUCCGGUAUAAGAUCAAGCGUGGUGGGAUAGAGACGGACAUACGGACCCCUAGAUGGACGACUGUUUUUGGCUUGGACGAGACGUCGCGAUUCAAAGACGGGUGCGUCGUCGACGCCAAGUCCCAAGCCCUGGUGGCGGACGGCCGCUAUGAUCGCUACCCUCCGCGACCGAUCCCGCAGUGCCUCGACACGCUGCGCAGAUCGACCGAGGCCGCCACGAGCUGCCGCUUCAACUUUUGCCUCGUCAACUACUACGCCUCCGGCGCGGACAGCAUCUCCUACCACAGCGACGACGAGCGCUUUCUGGGGCCGGAUCCCGCCAUCGCCUCCUUCUCGCUCGGUGCCCAGCGCGACUUUCUGAUGAAGCACAAGACGGCGCCCGAGAGCCUCAAGCUGGCCCUGGCCAGCGGCGCCAUGGUCCUGAUGCGCGGGACGACGCAGUCCCGCUGGCUGCACUCGAUUCCCAAGAGGACCGGCAAGAACAGCGAGGACGGGGGGAGAAUCAACAUCACCUUUCGGCGGGCCAUGACCAAGGACGGGACAGAAAAUUAUUACAACUAUAACGUUGGGCGCGGGCCGGUGCAUCGAUGGGACAAGAUACGAAGAGAGAUGCGACAAUGCAAUAAAUAA